AUGACCGAGUACAAUGAUCUCGGACACAUGCAGCCCGUACUGAAGUCCACACAACCACACCCAUUUUGUUACAUACCUCAUCAUGGAGUUUAUAAGGAAUCGAGCUCCACUACAAAGCUGCGUGUAGUAUUCAACGCGUCACGAAAAUAUAGCUCUGGUGUGUCGUUAAAUGACUGUUUGCACACUGGGCCAAAACUACAAAGCGAUUUAGCUUCGCUUCUCCUCAAGUGGCGUCUACACCGCGUAGCUUUUAUGGCCGAUAUUGAAAAGUGUUUUCGGCAAAUCAUCGUCAGCGACGAGGAUGCCGACAUGCAGCGCAUAUUUUGGCGCAACACAGAGGGCGAACCACAAAUAUUUCGCCUGCGCACCGUUACGUAUGGACUCAAUUGUUCACCAUACCUUACGAUCAAAGUGUUGCUUACUCUCGCAAAGGAAGAAGAAGCAAGGUUUCCGCACGCAUCGAAAAUAUUACGUGAAUCAUUUUAUAUGGAUGAUUGCCUGCAUGGUGCUGACAACGUGGCAGAAGCGGUAAGUCUAAGGAAUGAGCUACAGGAACUAGUGCAGUGCGGGGGUUUUACCCUGCGGAAGUGGAAUUCUAAUUCUCUAGACUUUUUGCACGAAAUCAACUCUGAUAUUUGCACAUCGGCUAGUGCUUGCUGUAACUUAACGCUAGACAAGGAAACCAAGGCCUUAGGCAUAUUUUGGUCUUGCGCUUCUGACACCAUCGGUUACAAGAUAGCGUUAACAUCCUACACAGAACCCAUCACUAAACGCCAGCAACUAUCUGACGUCGCCAAAACGUACGACCCCAUAGGGCUUUUAGCACCAGUCAUUAUUGUCGGCAAAAUCAUCUUUCAAGAACUGUGGGUCCUUGGUUGCGCGUGGGAUGAUCCCAUUCCAAGUCCGCAUCAACAAACGUGGAGAAAGUUUCGCGACGAGCUCCCAUAUCUCGAAUCAAUAAAAAUCGAUCGAUGGGUUUACACAUCUUCCAAAUCGGUCAAUUACCAAUUACAUGUAUUUUCGGAUGCGUCGAAGUCAGCGUAUGCGGCUGUGUGCUACAUUCGUGUUGUUAAGCCCGAAGGAAGCAUACACGUAGCAGUUUUGAUGGCUAAAACUAAGGUAGCCCCACUAAAAAAGAUCCCCAUACCACGCCUUGAGUUGAAUGCUACGCUAUUGGCUGCCAAAUUCGCUCUUAAG